CCUAUGUAAGCCACCCUGUUCUAUUUACCAUGAGUCCCUCACCUACAACCAUAUAGAUCAAUAUUUUAUACCGGCUUUAUGCAAGUCAGAGGCGCCAACGCUAAAUUUUUCAUAUGAUCCGACGGCGUUCGGAAGUUCAAGCUUAGCCAUCCACGUGUAGGGUGAUUAAGUCGCUCUCUUCGAUAUUUCCCAUCUUCAUUUACCUAUUUUUCUUCUUAUCUUUUUUGUUCAUAUUCUUCCAUUGUUGGACACUAUAAAAUGGCCAACUCUCCGUUUCAUUGUGCCAAACGGGCAAAGGUUUUAAAUCUUCUCCACUCUGAAAAAAAAAAAAGGUUUAUUUAUUAUUUUAUUUUAUUUUAUUUUAAUUUCAUCAUGUUCAAGAAAACCUUGGUGGAGAAGCUUUUUAAUAUUUCGAAAAUGUCUUCACAAGCUCUUACUAGAUGCCGCACUUCUUCGUCAACGGCUCACAAUCGAGUUCUGCAAAAUGUAACCAACAUGGUGCCGGAUCAAGGAGACUUUAAAGCUAACGUUAACAGCAAUGGAAUGUGCCGUCGGUUUCUUCAUGAAGGAGCUAUGCUUUCACCGGCAAUGAGGAAGCUACCGAUGAGAGAGAAUUUAAUGGAGACGUUAAGGGGAAUUGGCACGUCAAAAGACCGGAUCCGACUGGAGGGGUUGAGCCCGCAUUUGGAGGAGAAAACGACGGUGCAUGAGGUGGCGGCACUGUCGGAUCAGGAAGCGGAGAAGUUGCUAAGGGUGGCGCUGUUGGAGGUGAUGAAAACGAGGCUGAGAGAGACCGGGAAAAACUGGAUUCCCUAUUCAAACUUCGUUCGGAUUUGUGAAGAAUGUUUUUCGGAUCCGAAACUAGGAUUGGAGUCCGCCAAAUUACUUGACGAGUCAGGGGGCGUCAUCGUCUUAGGAAACCUCGUCUUUUUGCGACCCGAACAGGUAGCCAAAGCUGUGGGAGGUUUGAUUCCCUUACAGACACCAAAUCCAAAUGACCCGAGAAUUAAACAUUUGUUAGAAAUGGAGACGCAAAAGGCUAAAAUUGAUUCAAAAGCCAAUUCAUUGGUCCGUCGAGAACUAUGGGUGGGUCUAGUCUAUUUGGUGGUUCAAACCGCGGGGUUCAUGAGGCUAACCUUUUGGGAACUGUCAUGGGAUGUCAUGGAACCAAUAUGUUUCUUCUUCACAUCCAUGUAUUUCAUGGCUGCCUAUACAUUUUUCCUCAAGACAUCCAAAGAACCUUCUUUUGAAGGGUUUUACCAAAGCCGAUUCACCACAAAGCAAAAACGGCUCAUUAGAGCUCACAAUUUUGAUAUGGAGAAGUAUGAUAAGCUGAGGAAUAUGUUUUACCCACAUUCUGGGCAGGUCAAGAUUGGUGAUUGAAAAUGAUUGUUAGGAGAUUUUGUUUUUAGGAUUUGGGAGUCGCUUUCUCUAACAUAUUGUCCCACCCCUUUUCUCUUAGUUCUUGAAAGACAUUUCAACCUAAA